AUGCUGCAAGCCAAUAAGGCGCACGUAAUCGCAGGCCUAGCCCGUCAGAAUCUUCAUUUGAGGCAGUUAGAGCUGCAGUAUUGGACGGAGGUUUUGAAGAAGUUCGGCACUUUGGCGGCCUUCCUUGGCGGUUUUGCCUCAUCUGUAAUGCAGCUGCAGACUGACAUACCCAAGGGUCCCCAAGGCUUCCAUCUCAUUUUUUCCCUCACUGCAGCGGGUGCCAUGGGACUUAAUUUCUUAGUCUUGGCGAUCUGUACAACCUGCACGGUCUGGGGGCCUGGAAAGGCGCUUAUCGGUCAGGGAGAUGAGUCAUACAGAGUUGUAAUUUUCUUCUGCCUUUUAAAACAUGUUAUGGCCUUGAAGGAAAAGUUUGUCCCUCAGAAGUUUAGCUCGGGGCAGCUCGAGGGGAAUCCCAUUCGGAAUAUUGGCGUUGUAAUGACCAGAGAGGCCGACGCUAGGCUCUCUGGCCUCUGCAUUGAUCCAGCAUUUGGGGCCAGGAUUUAG